CUAGCAGACAGCUUUUCUGCAAGUGUUUUGUUUUCGGCUGCUGGAAAUUUAUAACGCUUGUUUAUGAUGUAAUUUUUGUUAUUAUUGAGCCCGUGUUUCAUAGUAUUUUUCUCCAUGGCUAAAUGUAGCGUUUUACAUCAUGUGCACAUUUUGACGUUUCGUGUCACUGGUGUUUAUGAAUCAAUAAUUAAAGAUUACUUUGUGGUUGUGAAAUGUAAACUUUGAUCUGUUUCGUGUGCUGUCAAGAACAUAAACGUGUUCGUAUACGUAAGCAAUGAAGAGGGAUAUUUUGAGUAGUAGUAUCAAGCAUGCCUCAUUUAAUAUCGUGUUUCAAAUUUUUUUUCGUUGCAUUACGUUUUUAAUGAACGCAUUUGUGAUACGGUACAUAAAUCAAGAUGUAAUCGGUGUUACUAACGUGCGUUUGUUAUUACUUGAAUCCACAAUUCUUUUUAUAAGUAGAGAAGCAUUUCGCAGAGCCUGCCUAAGCAAGUCACUACAGCAUAAUUGGCAACAAGUCACCAAUCUCAUAUGGAUUACUGUGCCACUAAGCAUUUUUCUGAGUAUAGUGCUUGGGUACUUGUGGCUUUAUGUACUUAAACAACCUAGCCAUGAAAUCACACAGCAUUAUUCAGUUGGAGUGUACGCCAUCUGCGCAAGUUGCGUUAUUGAAAUGUUCAGUGAACCGCUGUACCUCACGGCCCAGGUUUUCUUAUUUUUGAGGCUUAAAAUAAUUUUGGACACAAUACAUGUUGUAGUAAGGACAGUUACAUUUACUUUACUUGUGAUUUAUGUACGCAAUGGAGCUGUAAUUGCUUUCUCUGUUGCACAGGUUUUGUCUGUGCUUGUGUAUACUACUGGUUAUUAUGUAUAUUUUUGGCGUUACUUGAAGAGGCAUGCUACUGUUAGAAAGAAAGGCCAUGGUCGCCAUGGAGAUUCUACCCGUGAAAAGACUGAAGAAGCUGGAAAGGAAAAAGAAAGUUUUCCUAUUCGGUCAAUGGCUGACUUAUUUCCCAGGAAAUGUGAGAAUAAUGCAUUCAUCAGUUACCAGAUGACUGUUUUGACGUGGAGUUUUUUUAAACAAGGAAUAAUGAAGCAGAUUUUAACAGAGGGUGAGAGAUAUAUCAUGACACUUUUCUCAGUUUUGUCAUUUUAUGAGCAAGGUGUUUAUGAUAUAGUCAACAAUCUGGGUUCACUGGCAGCUCGUUUUAUUUUUCGCCCAAUUGAAGAAGCAGCAUAUUUCUAUUUCUCACAAACUGUAGAAAGAGAAGUGCCUAUGAAAGACCAAAAGAAAGAAGAUGUAGAUGAAUCUGCAAUGGUUCUGAAACAGUUAUUGAGUGGUUUAAUGUCAUUAGGACUUGUUGUUGUAAUAUUUGGCCAAUCAUAUUCAAAGUUGCUUCUGCUGCUGUAUGGAGGUGAGAAACUUACAAUGUACCCAGGUCCGUUAUUAAUGCAAACACAUUGUGUAUCAAUACUGUUGCUUGCCAUUAAUGGUAUCACAGAAUGUUAUGCAAUGGCAACAAUGACAGCAAUACAGAUUGACCGAUACAAUUAUUUUAUGAUUCUUUUGUCUUUUGCAUUUCUACUCAUUUCUUGGGGCUUAACUAAGUUGCUGGGUGGAGUUGGUUUCGUUCUUGCUAAUUGCUGUAACAUGACAGCACGAAUUGUGCAUAAUAGUACAUUCAUCCAUAGACGUUUCAGUGGAACCUCAUACAGUCCACUGAAAGGCCUAAUGCCUGGUCUUCAUUUUUCUGCAGCCCUGGUGGCUGCAGGUAUGUUGGUAAAAUUCUCCGAGGUUUACCUGUUUGACUCUUCUAAAUUUAUACAUUUUAUGAUUGGUGUUAUUAGCUUUCUGUUUAUACUUUCAGUUUGGGCAUAUGAAUCACGUGUUUUAGUUGUAUCUGCUCUGAACAAACUGAAACAUUUAAUGAAGAAAAAGAAACGUUAAAGCAGAUUAAUAUUAAAAUUGUUGAAUACUGUGAAGUGUAUGUAAAUUUUAUAAAAAGGUUCAAAUGUAAUGUUAAAUUGUAUCUCUAAGUUAUAAACUGGUGCAUUUUUAAGCUUCUGUGGCAAAUCUGCAUUCUGAGAUUGGCAUUGAUUAUUGCAAGGCAUGUUUUAUAUACACUUUAAAUAUUGAAUGUUGCUCUUAAAUCUUAUUUGGUAUAAUGAUUUCUCUUUAUUUUUAAUCUACUGAUUGUCAGUUGGUGGAAAAAAAAAAGCUUUCCUUUGCUCAUUAGACUUUAAGGCUCUCUCAUUUUGUAUUUGGUGAUGUGACUGCAGUGUUUAUUCAGAUUUGAUGAAUAACUUUUCACACAUACAAUUGUACCAAAUAGGAAGGUAGACCACUGAUCACAAAUUAUGUGCAGUUCAUGGCUCUGUCUUGCGUGGUGUGUUACAGUGAGUGUUUCCAGUCUGAAUGUAUCUAUUAGCACAAAGAAAUUUGUCACUGCGAAUGCCACUAAUGUAAUGUCUUCCUCAUUUUACCUCUGCCAUUCACAUUCAUUUCCAUAACCAUUCACCCAUAGUACUGAGAGAUUAGGGUGAGCUCUUUAAUUUGCCAUUAAAAAAAUAAAAUUCUUUUUAGCAUACCUAAGAUAAUCUAGUUUUGCUUUUUGAAUAUAGAAAUCUACAUCUAUACUCUGCAAGUCACUGCAGUGUGUGACACAAGGUACUUUGUUUCCCAUUAUCAUUUUGUCCUCUUCCUUGCCUUCUGUGAAUGAUGUCAGAGAAGACAGAUCUUUGAUAGAUAUCCAUAUUGGAUUCUGCAGUCAUGCUCGUUUUAUGAGAUAUGUGGAAGAGCAAGAAGUAUGGGGUAGGUUUACUACAAUGCAUUGCUGAAUACUAAUGUGAGCGAAGGUCCUUCUGUGAUCAAAUAUAGGUGACUUGUUGAUUCCAAAUAGGAAAAUGGAGUUGAUUUUAAGAUUGUGACUAUACUUUUAUGGUGUACUUUAUUUGAUACUGUAUUUUUGAACCAGAUGUCACAUUUGGCAAGGUGUAUUAUGAUAUACAGUAUUAGGAGUAAAAACUGUCAUUUUUGUGAAUAUUGUGUGCUGAAAUAAGAUUAUUACUUGUACUAUUAGUGAUUCAGUUGUGGCCAUGUACCACCAGUAUUACAUCUUGUAUCACUCAAGCUUAUGAAUGUGAGGAGACAGAAUGUACAACUGACUGUAUUGUGUUUAAUGACUUACAUUCACUUGCUAAUUUUCAACUCCUUGAACAUUCCAUUUUACAAACAACUGAUGACAUGUAGCUUCACAGCACGUAUGUGUAAUUCAUAUGUAAGUGUUCAUUGGUUUUCACGUGUAAUGUGCAUUUUAAGAUAAUAUUAAUGCAUUUUUGAAUGUGGCUGUUACUCAGUGACCAUAUGCUACAAAUUAUUAAACAGCCAACCUAUUGCACAUAAAUGGUACCUUGAUCUAGGUUUCGACACCUAUAGGGGUGUCUUCAUCAGAAUGAGAUGUUUUUAAAUUGUUAAAUUACAUUGCUAAAAAGCAGUAGUCAGAAUCUGGAACAGCUAUUCUCAAGUCAAAAGUAAAAUACAACGUUCUAGCCUUUGCCACAUGUGCACAGCUGGGAACAUCAGACUCAAUGUUGAUGUUGCUCCCAGCUGGGCACAUGUGACAAAGGCUAGAACGUUGUAUUUUACUUUUGACUUGAGACUAGCUGUUCCAGAUUCUGACUAUUGCAUUUUGGUAAUGUAAUUUUAUGAUUUAGCAACAUUUUAUUCUAAUGACGACAAUCCUUGUAGGUGCUGAAACCUAGGCCAAUGUAGUUAUCAUUUAUGUGCAGUUGGUUGGCUGUUUAAUCAUAUGUUGAAAUAAUAUUAAUAGUUUACAAAGAAUCUUUCAGACAAUUUGAAGUUUAGUGUUUUUGCAUGAACAUUAUUAUUUGUGUAUGUUGUGUGUUGGCGUAUGAAAUAACAAGGAAGUUGUCAACUGGUGAAAAACAAAAACCAAUGAUUUUGGAUUUUUUGAAAGAUAAAUGAAUUACAGUUCUUUGUUGUAAGCACUAGAUGUCAAAUUCUUUUUACGUUGCUUUCUAAAUUAUUUUGCCUGAUUAUUGGUUGUAACAUAAGACAAUCCAGAAUAUGGAGACACAUUUAUUGAAAAUAUUUUAAAUAAUCAUGUUAUAUCAAUGUUCUACUGUAUAUUAAUUGGACUGAGAAUGAAAUAGGGUUUUGUGAUUUAUUUCCCAGUCUUCACAUUCUGUACAAAAUACAUGGUUGAAAUAUUGGAGAAUAUGUAAAUGGAAAAAGAUAUUAAAAGCCAUUAGACCUAGAUAAUUGAUCCUUUGUGAAUAAAUUUAAGGUUUAUUAUAUCUAUAUUUAUAAGUAAGUUAAUGUGGAUAAGGUAGACACGCACAUUACAUUAAAAUGACAAAACAUUGUCAAGGAAAGGAACAUAGACACCCGUUUCAGCAAACUGGAAGUACCCUUUUACAUAUCGAUAGCUUCCUUGCGUUACA